UUUUGAGAGUGAAAUGUUCACAGCCAUUAAGGGAUCUGCAAUUUAAUUUCUCAUCAUGCUUAUUCUGUAGUUCACAUUAAGUCCAGAGUACUUAAGGAACUGAACAAGUGCACUCUGGACAUCAGAUUGUUGACCAUGGUGUUAACCAUGGCAUCUCAGGAUGCCCAGAACUUCUUCCAGCCUUUCUCUUCCUGGAUAUCCCGGGCUUAUGAAGCUCUCCAGCAAGUAGGAGAUAUAUUAUCUGCUUCACUGGUUCACUUAAGCAGAAAAGACUCUAAAUUGAGUGACAAGCUAGACCAGGACUUAGAUGAUAUGCAGAUUCAGGAAACUUACUUUGAAGAUGAAGAACAAGACAAUGAUUGGAGGCAAGAGGAUGCACAUUCCUUGUUUCUUGCAGAGGAUCAUUUCUCAUGUGGUAAUAGUGAUUUUCAGGACUCUGUCCAACAUUCAAGCCCCAGACUUAGCCAACAUGCAAAGGACUCAUGUUCUAUAAUAUCCCAGUCAUCCAGUCAGACGCUGGAGAGCCUGAAGCCCCCACAUGUGCUUUCUUCUGUUGCUGAGGAGGAACAUCACCUUGAAAAGCAAAUAUGUGGCCUUCAGCCUGGCUUUGACAUUCAGCUCCCUGGCACUUUAGGAAAAGGCAAUGGAACAAAGCAAGUUAACAGCUUUGGGGAUGGUGAAGAACUUUCCACGUCUUCUGGCAGUGAUGAGGAUGUCAUCAAACAGUUUGAGAUUUCUGUGUCCCGAUCCCAGAGUUUCCAUGCUGGAGCCUCUGAAAAAGGAAGGCCCACUGGAUUGGAGCAGAAACCAAAAUGCAGGCGCCUACUCUCUCCCCACGAGGAAGACAGCACGGAGGUGUCUGCCUGUGAAGAUUUGGAUGGCACCAGCCAAUUGAAUUAUUCUGAGAUUCUAUCUUGCGAAGAUCACCCCAUCUCCACCCCCUCACAGUCCUCAUGUGAAAGAGGGGAUACCAGGUACCAUGGCACCUCUCCUCAAGAGACCCGUGUGGUCCAAAGCCUCAGUUGUCAGUCCACAGAGGGCAGCUUGGAGAUGGAGACACCUUUUAACACUCGUGGAUUUGAAGAUUCCUAUGCCACUGACAGCUCCUCUGUAUGGAGUCCAGAGGAACAGGAUGGGACCACUUUGCAGGUGCCCUCCAGGCUCUUGGAGCCCAUCUCAAAGUGCGGCAACCUAGAUGUCAUGUUUGAAUAUAGAGUUGCAACCCAGAAGCUCACCGUGACCAUUGUGAGAGCACAGGGCCUCCCAGAUAAGGAUCGAAGUGGUGUCAACAACUGGCACGUUCAUGUCGUGCUAUUGCCUAGUAAGAAACAGAGGGGCAGGACAAGCAUACAAAGAGGGCCCAACCCUGUCUUCAAGGAGAAAGUAACUUUUGCCAAGCUGGAGCCCAGAGAUGUGGCUUCCUGUGCUGUUCGCUUUCGUCUCUAUGCUGCCCGUAAGAUGACCCGAGAGAGAAUGAUGGGAGAGAAACUCUUCUAUCUCAGCCACCUGCACCCGGAAGGGGAAAUGAAGGUGACUCUGGUCCUGGAGCCAAGGAGUAAUAGUGGAGAGUCUCCGCUCGGCCCAUCUGCAGUUUCUCACAGUGAUAGUGCCUCAUCCACGCAGUCGUUGUCACAUGGAGGGGCGCCAGAGCUAUUGGUGGGGCUGUCCUACAAUGCCACAACAGGCCGAUUAUCUGUGGAAAUGAUCAAAGGCAGCCAUUUCCGAAACCUCGCUGUUAACCGAGCACCUGAUACAUAUGGAAAACUCUUUCUGCUCAAUUCUGUGGGUCAAGAGAUGUCCCGCUGCAAGACAAGCCUUCGACGUGGUCAGCCUAAUCCUGUGUACAAGGAGACCUUUGUCUUCCAGGUGGCUCUCUUCCAGCUCUCAGAUGUCACGCUGAUGAUUUCCAUUUAUAACAGGCGUACUAUGAAGCGUAAAGAAAUGAUUGGCUGGAUUGCUCUGGGACAGAACAGCAGUGGAGAGGAGGAGCAAGAUCACUGGGAAGAAAUGAAGGAAAUCAAAGGCCAACAAGUGUGUAGAUGGCACACACUGCUGGAAUCCUAGGUUGGCCAACUGGUGUUCAUGUGCUAUAUGUGGAUUGGUCACCUGUAUUCCUGAAUGUUGACACCAAACCAGUGCAUCCUGGCAAGCUUUUCAGGCUUUCAAAUUGAGAUUUUACUAACCCUGAAGCAUUCUGAGCGGAAGCUUUGGGUUUCUGAACAGUUGGAUUUAGCUUUAAAUAUUGUAAUAAAAAACUGCAAUACCCA